ACGCAGUGAGAGCUGGGUGCAGCGUCCAUACACUAUGUGAGUGGCAGCAUGGAGAACAUGGCAUUUGCACAGGAGGUGGUGAAGGAGGCAGAGAAAUUGUGGGGAGGCCUAGACAUGCUGAUCCUCAAUCACAUUGGCAGCGCAUACUUUGGCUACUUCAAGGGAGACACUGAGCACCUGCGAAAGCUCCUGGAGAUUAACGUUCUCAGCUAUGUGACCAUGACCGUCUCUGCCUUGCCGAUGCUGAAGGAGAGCAGGGGCAGCAUCGUUGCAGUUUCUUCCUUGGCAGAAAACUUCUACCUCGAUCAUGGCCCAAGGCAGAUGGUGAAUUUCCCCGAUGCUCCUACAAGUCCUGCUGACUUGAAGCUUCCCUGUCACAAAAGUCUGCCUAACUAAAACCAAACACCAAUCAUUUCCUUCCCACAGUGAAAACGCAAAGCAAAGCAAAAAUAAAAUGAAGUAAAAUAUGA